AUGGCCACCGAAAUACUCCCCGAACCCGAGAUUGCACAAGCGGAUAUCACCGAUGCCUUCGAGUUCUUUCGAAUGCUGGUUGAUCGUGGCUACGACCAGUCCAGUUCCUUAUCCGACAGCUCAAACUUAGUCUUCGAUCGUGAUCUUUGUCUUCUCGAUCCAGAGCUUGAUUCGGAUCGUUGUUCCAAUCUCCAUCUCCGUGACGGGCUGUGGGAGAAGACACCUAAGGGAAAAGAAAAUGUUGAGGACCUUCUGCAAUCCCUGAUGCAGUUUAGCCUUUUCUGCAAGAUACGCUGCUGCUUAAGGAGGCGCUGCCUCGAGAUGAAAUCACAGAUGGAAGAUGUCGCACCACCCUGUAACUGGGCGAACUUCCGGGAGUGGGCAUUGGUGCUGAUGUCUUGUCAGGCAUCCUGUUCAGGGCGGGAUAAACUCAACAAAGCCCAUGCGCAGCUCGCCAUGGCUGUUUCUGGCUGUUGCUUCUUCGUCAAAUCCUGGGCAGAAACGAUGAGACAAAAUGAAAGGAAAUUUUAUGAUGAGAAACGGGAAAGGAAUGCCCUCCAGGAAAAUGAUGACACCCAGGAAAGCGACAAUGGCCAGGAAGAAUGCAGCAACCCGGACAAAGAAAUCAAAGCAGACGCCAGAGACAGGAUUGAGCUGUACACCGUUUGCGACCUGAUAUAUUGGAUGCUCACCGCGCAGACUGAUAUGGGAAUUGGACCCAAGAAUUUUGGCAAUUGGGAUAACGGAUUCCUACCCGACGCUAGCAUCAUACCAGCUAUCCAGCAUGCCAAUGAUCAAAUCCAGUCCCUAAGAAUUUGUAAGCAGAGAAUUUGGAAUCUGAUCGACCUCAGCCCGCGCAAGGAUUCGGAUAUGCCUGAGCUAUUACGCACGAUCAUGAAGCAUAGUGACACCCUAGCGCUUCCGGCCUCAGGCCGGGACUCAGACCCGAUGAACCAUGCACGUUGCACCCCUAAUAAGUGCCAGUUGGCACAGAUGGAUACCAGUCGUCUGCAGCAGAUGCAUAAGUGCUCUCUCUCGAGAUGUGAAUUGCGAGAGAUCCCCGUCCAGCACCUUGACGAUGCACUGGAGCUCGGCAAAUGCAUGGCGUGGGACUUCCGUGGACCGGAAUGGUGUCUGACAGAUUGGGAUACCAAGUAUAUGGCCCUAUCACACGUCUGGUCAGAUGGCACAGGCGCGGGACCAAAUGUACCAGGCUUUGUCAACCAGUGUUUACUUGACUUCUUCACGGGCCUUGCCAGGCAACAGGGCUGUGAUGCCAUCUGGUGGGAUGUCAUUUCGGUACCCUCAAUAUACCCGGGGCGUACCAAGGCCCUACAAUCCAUGCACCGAAACUACACGCGUGCAGCCUGUACAGUGAUCCACGACCAGUAUCUGGCGAACAUCGAUUGGAGGGAGGAUGGAAGCCCAUGCAUUGCAUUUGUCCUAUCCACUUGGUUCUCCCGAGCCUGGACGGCGCUGGAGCUUCGUGCAUCGCACAAGACACUGGUCCUCUUCAAAGACGGGGAGACGGGCUUCCCUGUUGCGAAGGACCUCGACACAGAGAUUCUAGCUUCACGUCCUGUCACUGCUUCUCGCGCAUACUGGCUAGCAACAUGCUUGAUCAGGCGUAUUAGAGAGCCGAUCCAGCAUAUCGGCGAUCUAGUCGCAAUCCUCCAUUCACGAACAACAGCUCUGGUUCGCGACCGAACCAAAAUCCAUGCUUUGCUCGCCGAGGUUCCCGACUGUGACCUUCGCCGUUCGGAGGCUGCGAUCACAGAGGAUAUCCUAUCGCAUGUUAGUCGUAUCCCACAUGCCUGUCUUUUUCAUGGGAAACCGACUAUGCGCGACAGCGGCCCAUAUUCAUGGUGCCCUGCGACACUCGACGAUUUGCAUGUUGAUGUCGCCGAGGACGUGGAAGGGGACCAACGGAAACGAAAUGAUUACCAUUUGAAGAUCAGCGAUGAUGGUUGUGUGGAAGGCAUUUGGCGUUAUCGGAAGGUUUCAAUCGAGGACAUCAGGGAGAACAAACUAUCGGCGAUCGGCAAUGAGCUUGCCCCAAACACGAAGAUUAAGAUGGCUCUGCAGAAUUGGAGGACGUGCCUCAUCCUGCGGCACAGGCCGGAGGGCCCUGCCCUGCUAGUCCAGACAGUUAAAAUGGAUCACAAAAUCAGGAAGCUCCCUUGUCGAUACGUCGGUGCUGUUAACGAGGCAGGCAGGCAGAGUGCCACAAAGCCGGAUGAGUGGGCUACUGAGAUUAUCGUUAUCGGACAUGACCGCAAAUUGGAUAUCUCAGCGCCGCUGAUCAGGGCAGACAAUGCCAUUAGCAACAUCCAGGAUGUUAAGGGCUAUGAUGAAGCGAACUUUCUCGGGUCGAGGCCGGAAUCCAACCUGUCCGAUGAGAAGGAUUCUCCGGGCAUCAUAUACGACCGCUUUCCGCACCCAGAAUCCCCACUCUUUGCUAUUAAAUGGGGGCACAAAGCGCCAUGCGCCAUGAAUGAGCUGGACAAGGCGUAUGGGGAGUUGAACAAAUCUUUGAAGAAAAGUUAA